AUGCGAAUCGUACAACAAACUUCACUUAAAAUGAUAAAACAACUAAAGGAAAAUUUAUUAAUGGGACAUCCGACUGCAAUAUUCCUUAUAUUUGUCUUCUUAUCCUUUGUAAUAUUAUGUCCAUUUAUUUGCUAUAUUGAAGCCUCAAAAAAAAAGCUAAAAAAAAGAAAACAAAAGAAGAGAUCUAAAAAGGUUACUAAAAAAAAUGAUAGUUCUUGUAAUAAUGCAAUUCAAACUACUUCUGAUGAACAAUCUAAGUCUAUGAAGGAUUUGGAUACUCCUAAUACUAUAUACUUCAAUAAUGAAUUAAAUAAUGAAAAGAAAGUUAUUAAUCAACAAUCGAUUACUCCGAAUACAUAUACUACUAUAAGUAGUAAACCUAAUAGUUUAGAAGAUGAUGAUGGACAAUGGCAUACUGUUGGAAAACAGAAGAAAAAGACGGAUUUGUUACAAGAAUUACCUCCAAACAAUGAAAGUACUAACAAACCUACUGGUAAUAGGAGGCUUAAUGCAAAGAAGGCGAAACCUAUAAACAGAGUUCCAGGAAUGACUGACUAG